AUGGCGGCAUAUUUGCGCUCCCAGCUGGUGCUACUCAGGUCGCCAGGGCAGCGACAUCUGUUGAGCUAUCGCUCAUCGUCAUCCUCCGCUGCACCAAGCACUAUUACGCCUCCACCUGCUCCUGCAGGAGGACGUACCAGUUCCAAAGGCUCGCCUAAAUACUGGAUUUAUGGACCUCCCGGCUUAGCAUCGUCUAUGCUAUCCUUGAUGGUGCUCCUCACCCCCUCAUCCUCCGAUGUGCCAGCAGCUGAUGGUGCUGUUAUCACUGGGCACGUGCCUUAUGAACCCCCUUUGCAAAAUGCAACAUAG